AUGCAAAAAAACAUUGAAGAAUCGACGGAAAUGAACAUGCACGAAAAAGAAGCUUUGAAAAUGAUAUUAAAAAUGAAAGCAAAUAUGUCAAUGACAAAUUCUCAAGAAAAUAAAGCAGUCGAUCAGUUUAUGAAGUCGUUUAAUCGAACUGAUCGUAUAAAAUUGCACGUGCUUCUACGUCGAAUUAUACUGCAAAGCAAACGUAACCAUCUUCCGAUUCCGAGAAUAAAUGAACCAUCUGACGAUGCAGAAUCAGAUGAAUUAGAUAAAUCAGAUGAAUCAGAUGAAAAAGAAUCAGAUGGAAUUUUAGUCGAAUGUGAACCAUGCAAUUGCUUUUAUUCGGAAGAGCCAUUCAACUUUCGGAAAUUCGAUUUAAAUUUGACGUUUGAUCAUAAAUCUAUGAAAAAUGUGGGACAAUGUAUCAAAGUAAAUGGAUAUGCUGUGCAUGAUAUUAUGGUUCAUCUGAUGGUACAAAACUUUGCUGGAUGUUUACCUGCUUCGAAAUUUCGUGCCACUGUUGGACGACGAAUAUUGGAAGAAGUAUUAAACGAAUGUUUAGGAGGACAUAUAUUUGAAUCGAAAAAUGCUGAGCAACUCAGCAAUUCAAUAGCCUCCAUAAUUCGAAAUCGUUUGAAAGGACUUAAUUUACCAAAAUAUAAGUACAUAAUUCAAGCAAUCUUGGGCGAAGAAUGUGGACAAAAAGUUCGGGCACAUGCGGCAUGCAUGUGGGAUAGCGAUACCGAUUCAAUGGCGCACUAUGUCUAUUCAAACGAUCAUUUGUUUUGUGAAGCAACAAUAUUUGCCGUAUUUCACUACUAA